CAUGCAAGAGAAAGUUCCUGUUUGCAAAGAAACGGAGGGCUUACGCUCUCUGGGCUCCGCAGCUGCCCUCCCCGAAGAGGACAAGGAGACGGGGGGAGACCCGUCUCCCUCUCCGCUCCCCCCCAGUUUUCAUCCCUGUGAAAUCCCCGGAGAGACCCACCUUCGCCUCUUUAAGAUGACCUUCUUUUCUGGAAACUGCCGUUAGAAUGUCCAACCCGGAGGGGUCAGUCCUUUGACGCCGACCCUGCCUUAGGAAGGAACGUGGCCUUAGGAUAAUACAAUCCGUUGACUUUGUUUUUGCGUGGCUGAGCCGCGGAGAGAGAAUGCGUGUGCAGGAUCCACCAGGGGGAGAGGGCCAGAAAGAGCCUGGCAUCCCCCACCAGACUGGAAAGGAUGGAAAAACCGUGGAAAAAACAGUGCAAAAGAUGCUGGCCGUAACCAUACCAACCCUGGACACACAGCGCCAGCGGUUCAGGAACGUCCGCUACCAGGAGGCCCAGGGACCCCGGGAGGUCUGCGCCCGGCUCCACGGCUCUUGUCGCCGGUGGCUGCAGCCCGAGAAGCGCACCAAGGCGGAGAUGCUGGACCUGGUGGUGCUGGAGCAGUUCCUGGCCGUCCUGCCCCCAGCGAUGGGGAGCUGGGUGCGGGAGAGUGCGGGGCGGAGAGCACCUGCCAGGCAGUGGCGCUGGCCGAAGGCUUCCUCCUGAGUCAGGCGGAGGAGGAGGACAAGGAGCGGGCGGCGGAG